GUGGAAUAAAUCUUGAUACACCAAUUGUAAAAGCACCAAAAGAGUCAUGAAUGACUUUAUUUUCUUAUUUGAAAACAUAGAAAUUGGUUGUGGAGAGAUUAAACCUAAAGGAACGUUACCAGCACUUUUGGAAGAAGACCGUUGCCGAAUUGCUGAGGUUAUGAAACGACAAUUGAAUGUUAGAAUUACGAAGUCUAAAUCAACAAAAGAAUUACGAACAUUUGGCUUUCUUUUUUUCAGAUAUUGAAGUUGAAAUGUAUACUACGGAAUUUAAUAAAACUAGCGGGUAUCAGUUGUACCUUUUACCGAGCAUAGUUUUACCAACAACAGCAAAGACAUACGCAAAUAUUGAUUUAUCUCUUGGUUUUUUUCUUGCAUUUAAAGUAUAUAAUCAUACUUUUUAUUGAUUUACUUCUAACAACUAACGUUGCUGUUCUUUUUAUUAUUAGAAAAUUAUGAUG